CAGCAAAACCGUUGAAAGAGAGUGGACACCCAAACCUCACACUUUCUCAGAGUUGAGAAAUACCGAGGCUUCUCCUGCCCUCUUCCCCACCUAUCUGUAUGAGAGAGAGGGAGGGAAAGAGGUAGAUAUUCGUGCUUACUCAAACACCAAAAAUCAAUCUGACUAAUUGUCCCCCUCCUCUCUGAUUGUUUCUAUUUUUCGUUACACGGAUUUUGAAAAACAAUAACCUUCGAAUUGUGGUGACACUUUAAAUCUUUGAACGGUGAUCAUUUCUGUGACGGGGCAGCAUGGGUUGCGCUGGAUCGCGUGAUAAAUUAGAUGAAACUUCGAAGAAGAUACGGAAACCAAAGGCCUGGAAGCACUCAGAAGCCAUAACCAGAGAACAGCUAACGAAGAUGCGUGAGGAGUUCUGGGACACUGCUCCGCACUAUGGUGGUAGGAAAGAGAUCUGGGAUGCUCUCCGGGCUGCAGCUGAAGCUGAUUUGACUCUUGCCCAAACAAUUGUGGAUUGUGUUGGCAUUAUUAUUCAAAAUCCCGACUUAACAAUCUGCUACGAUGAAAGAGGUGCAAAAUAUGAGUUGCCCAAAUAUGUUGUGAGUGAGCCUACAAAUCUGAUUCGUGACAGCCGAAAACACAUCAGUAAUGUGUAAAUUGGCCUCGUUGUGAUUCUUGUUUCUAGAUGCAUCAUCCCACUUAAAUUCCUUCUCAAUUGCAAAUUUUCAAUGUACUGAAUAUCUAGUUGGCAUUAUACAAUUUUGCUUUGGAUGAUUUAAACAACCACCACCUAAUGUUCUCUCUUGGCUUAUGUUUGGCUGCAUUAUAUUAUUAUUGUCCAAAGGAUAUA